GCACCUUUUUCCUUCCCUCCCCCUCCUCUCGCCGUCGACCGGAAUCCAUUCGAUUGCUAGGGUUUGCUCCCGCCGUCCCUUCCGCGGCCAUGGCUCCAUCGCCUUCGUCCAACUGGGCCAUGGCUCCGCCCUACCACUACCACGGCCCGCCGCCACACAAGGAGCAGGCGGCGCCGGCCGCGGAGGACGAAACCGGGGCCGGGUCCGUCGGAUUCGGGCCGAGGUCACUCUGGAUCGGCGGGCUUCUCGACUGGAUGGACGAGAACUACCUCUACAGCUGCUUCACCCGCUCGCCCGAGCUCCUGUCGGUAGUGAUAAAGCGCAACAAGGAGACCAGGCAAUCUGAGGGCUUUGGUUUUCUCAACUUUGCUGACCAUGUUACUGCUGAUCAAAUCCUCCACAGCUACAAUGGCCAGAGGAUGCCUAAUGCUGACAGGGAUUUCAGGCUCAACUGGGUCAUGCGCACUGCUCCAGAGAAGCCUGCUAGUGCUAAGCCUGCUGAAGACGAUCAUGCCAUAUAUGUUGGGGGAUUGGCCUAUGAUGUUACAGACUUCAUGCUGCACAAUGUGUUCAAGAAUCGCUAUCCAUCAGUUACCAGGGCAACUGUUAUUCGGGAUGGUUUCGUUGGACCCUCAAAAGGCUAUGGCUUUGUUUUGUUCGGAGAUGUUAGUGAACGCAGACAAGCGAUGACAGAAAUGGAUGGAGCAUACUGUUCUACCAGGCCUAUGCAUAUCAGAGCUGCCACCGGUUCUCGUAAGCAAGGGACGGAUUCUGAUGGCAAUUGGGACAAUAAAAGACUAUUUGUUCGUGGUCUUGAUUUAAGUGUGACUGCUGAGGAUCUAAAGAAAGCCUUUAGUCCUUAUGGAGAGAUUACUAAUACCAGGAUAAUAGAGGGGAAAUGCUGUGGCUUCAUCACAUAUACGAGCAGGGCGUCAGCUGAGGAGGCUCUAAGAAUUCUAGAUGGAAGCCAGCUGGGAGAUAACACCAUGAGGAUUUUCUGGGCUCGCCCUCUUUCUAACAAGAAGCUAUUUGUCGGUGGUCUUGAUUUAAGUGUAACUGCUGAGGAUCUAAAGAAAGCCUUUAGUCCUUAUGGAGAGAUUACUGAUACUGAUGUCACGUUAGUAGAGGGGAAAUGCUGUGGCUUCGUCGCAUAUUCGAGCAGAGCAUCAGCUGAGGAGGCUAGAAGAAUUCUAAAUGGAAGCCAACUGGGAAAUAACACCAUGAGGAUUUUCUGGGCUCGCCGUCUUUCUAACAAGAAGGAUGAAGCGAAUGAUGAGUACCAUGGACAUCCCCAAGGUUCGGGUCCUGAUUAUGGCUGCUCUCCUGGGGAUUCUAACAUGCAUGGUUACAAAGGCCGUGGAGGAUAUGCAUAUCACCAACAGAAGCAACCACAACAGACCCCAGUACAGUGAGGAUGGCAGCGCAGGGAAUGUCUCAGUUGCGAAGUGUGGUGGAAUUCUUGCAAGAUAAACCCAAGAGAUCUUUUGCCGAAAAUACCUUUUUUGUGCUGUGUUCCUCCUUUGGUUCUGCAUGGUCAGGCAAGUUCCUUGAUAUGCCUGGAACAACAGUUUCGGUCUUCGGAUUUUCUCUUUUCGGAAAUAGCUGUAUCUGCUGCUGCUGUGUUUUGCCUUUGGUUGCACAUCCAGAGAUGUGCACCGUCGUGCAAAUGCAAGUUCCGUAGAUGCCUGGGGAACAGCAGGGUUUGGUUUAAAAUUGAGAUAACUCAUCCUAAGUUUUGGUGGGGAAACAGGGAUAACUCAUUUUAGCUUUGGUUCGAAGAGUUGAGUGGCCUGAAUUCUGCUAUUACUAUGGGCAUUCACUGGGACUGUUCUGAACUCUAUAAACCAUGGUGGUACAGAUGCAAUGCGACUUUUUAACCCUUCAUAAGAUCCCGUUGUGGUAACCCUUAAGUCUG